ACGCUCCCCAUAUUUCCACUUAUAUGACUGCCUAUUCACCUCUUGCGAGAUUCAAGCUUCUCGUCAUUAUCAACAAGCUUUCGCUGCUGUUUGUCUUGCGGUGAAGGUAUUGCAGACCGCCACGAUACCAUUGCGCCGAAUCACCCCACAGAUCAGCGGACCAUCUGUACACCAACGACGGUUAUCAUCUUGAACGAAAAAGAAAAGGUUGCAGUCGCUCUCGUCGGCUCCAAGAGCUUCGUGAAGCAGAAGAGAUAUCUGUUAAGCUUUGCCGUCAAGCCUCGCCGAGAAUUCAGCAGAACCAGCGAGGAAGCCGACAUAGCCGUUAGUCGGGUUUGAGGAUCCGAUCUAAGGACGGUGGCCAGUCAUGCCUACCUUGGCAGUUAACAACUUUAACAUUGUCUGUGCAUCUUUGGGAGGGUUUAUCACGCUUUUCGGGCUGGUUAGUUAUUUGCUGAAAGAAAAGUAUUACCUGAGCGAAGCUUUAAUAUCACUCAUCGCUGGAGUCGUUUUCUCACCACAUGCCACGAAUUGGAUCAAACCAGAGGAGUAUGCGUUGAAUGAUGUUGAAACACUUGAUACCAUCACCCUUUACUUUACGCGCCUGGUGCUGGGUGUCCAACUUGUACUUGCGGGUGUGCAACUACCGUCAAAAUACCUAAAGACAGAAUGGAAGAGCCUGUCUUUGCUACUCGGUCCGGGUAUGACGGUUAUGUGGCUCGUGACCAGUCUACUCGUCUUCGCUUUGGUCCCACACAUCAGCUUUCUACAUGCGCUGGCUGUAGGCGCUUGUGUCACACCCACGGACCCUGUCUUGUCGAACUCCAUCGUCAAAGGAAAGUUUGCAGACAAGAACAUCCCGAAAGAAUUACAGAAGAUCAUCGUAGCUGAAUCCGGGGCGAAUGAUGGACUUGGUUACCCGUUCCUCUUUCUGCCGCUUUACCUCAUCAAGCAUAUUGGUCACGGUGGGCAAGGUUCCGACAACAGUACCAGAGUUGCUGUCGGACUGUGGUUUGGCGAGACGUGGGGAUAUACCAUCAUACUAAGUGUCAUUUAUGGAGCUGCAGUGGGAUGGAUCGCAAAAGAAUUGCUUCAUUGGGCCGAAGAGCGGAAAUACGUCGACCGCGAAAGUUUCUUGGUUUUUGCCAUCACUCUGGCUCUCUUCAUUGUGGGUACAUGUGGCAUGAUCGGUAGCGACGACGUGCUCGCCUGCUUCAUCGCCGGCAAUACGUUUACUUGGGAUGACUGGUUCCGCCUCGAGACGAUGGAUGACUCUUUCCAACCAACCAUCGAUAUGCUGCUCAAUGUCUCUAUAUUCAUCUGGUUCGGUGCCGUUUGCCCUUGGCGCCUCUUUGCGCAUUCUCCGGUCAUCCCCAUCUACCGACUCAUCCCAUUGGGCAUCCUGGUAUUGCUUCUCCGCCGGCCACCCAUCAUCUUCGCUAUGCAUAAACAGAUCCACCAGAUCGAGCAAAGGCGUCAAGCGCUCUUCGUAGGCUUCUUCGGUCCGAUUGGUGUGAGCGCCAUCUUCUACCUAUACAUCAGCCUCGAGUUUCUGGCUGAGAUCAAAGUCGACGGUGAAGUCAGAGAAGAUGCAGCAUUUCUUAUGGAAGUCAUGAACGUGGUCAUCUGGUUCCUGGUAAUCUGCUCAGUCGUUGUUCACGGUCUCUCCAUUCCAUUAGGCAAACUCGGCUUUUUCAUUCCCCGCACCCUCAGUACAGCGCUCUCCUUUGCUCGUACUGGAUCUACCUCUGCCGACGAACCCGAACCAGCUUUCCACAUCGAAGGUGCCGAUGGCCCUACAACUGACGCUGAAGUGCGUUUACGCCGCCGUCCUGGCUGGUCGCGCAACGGCGGCGAUUCUCUGCCCAACCGGGUUGUACGCAUUGGCAGGACUUUGAUCAGUUCGGGGACUACCUCGGCGAGUACAUCAAGAGCACCUAGUUCGGCACGCGCACCUAGCCAGAUGCCAUUGCCUAUGGGAAAUGUCAAUACCGCGGCAAGGGAUGGCGAGGAUUCGCGAGUAGAUGGUGGAGCCAAUAGUAAUGUGCCGGGUGCAGAUGAGGGCGUCAUCCCUGGACGUACGAUUCGUUUCCAUGAUGAGCAACAGAAGGCCAAGAUUGCGGAAGACUAGUAGCAAGCGGAUAGGUGAGGUUUUUGAUUGUACUGAUAUAAAAUUAUGUAUGCUUUUGCAUGUCGAGCUGCAUUAAGCAUAUGUCUAGCAUCUUAAUAGCGAGAUUGAGAGAAUGCAUACAAGAAAGAAACUAGACAGAUACAGAAAUAAUAAGCUAUACCCUGCAGCCUAUAGCCUGC